GAACCUCAUCGCUUUCCGAACUGAAGUCUCUUACUUCUAAAGCAGAGGUCGUAAGCGAAAGAGAGAUUCCCAGACCUCUGACAAUGUCGACCGCCAGAAUUCAACCCACAGCGUGUUCCCUGUCAUCGACCGUCAGACACCUCGGCUUCUUCAAUCUCCGGCUUCCCAGAAGCGCCGCAGUUUCGUUCAAUAGCUUCGACCGGGUGAGACGCUACGGGAUCAGAAAAGCCCUCACAGUGUCCAUGUCUACUGCUUCUUCUUCUGACCCUCUCGAAAUCUUAGUCAAAGCUUCCGUUACUACCCCCAACAAGCUCGGCGACUGUCCUUUUUGCCAAAGGGUAUUGCUGACUUUGGAGGAAAAGCAUCUCCCUUAUGACUUAAAGUUGGUAGAUUUGACCAACAAGCCAGAAUGGUUCUUAAAAAUUAAUUCAAAAGGUACAGUUCCUGUGAUUAAACUUGAUGAGAAGUGGAUGCCAGACUCAGAUGUCAUCACACAAGCACUAGAAGAGAAGUAUCCUAAUCCACCCCUGGGAACCCCUCCAGAGAAGUCUUCAGUUGGGUCAAAGAUCUUCUCCACAUUCAUUGGUUUCCUCAAAAGCAAAGACGCCAGUGAUGGAACAGAGCAAGCAUUGAUCGAGGAGCUACGUUCUUUUAAUGAUUAUAUAAAAGAAAAUGGUCCUUUUGUCAAUGGGAAAGAAGUUUCUGCUGUAGAUUUGUCACUUGGACCCAAGCUGCAUCAUCUGGAGAUUGCUUUGGGGCAUUACAAGAAUUGGUCAGUUCCAGAUUCUCUUCCCUACACGAAGGCUUACAUGAAGUCUAUUUUCUCAAGAGAUUCAUUUAUUAAAACACGUGCACAGCCAGAGGAUGUAAUUGCAGGUUGGCGUCCAAAAGUCUUGGGUUAAAUUGCCCUUAGCUUUUCUGUAUGGGACUCCACAGUCCACAGGUCUAGACCCAUAUCCUCGUUUACUAGCCUCGAAUGCAAGCAAAACACUUCGUUUAGUAUUUAAUCUUACUUAAACUGUGGAGAAUGGAACAUGAUGACUAUAAUAAAAACUUGAGGAGUAUUGCAGGCCUUGUAAAGUCAAA